GCGCCCUUUCAACCCGCCGAGCCUGCCUCCUUCAAGGAACGUUACAAAACCUAGAACUGUGAAACCAACCUCUUUCCGUUCUCUCUCUCUCUCUCACUCCAAUUCUCUUCUCUCCAUGUCUCUCUCUGCUGUCCAUGUUUUUAUUCCUGUUGUUUUCACCAUUUUCUGAGAGCGUAAUAGGUGGAGAUGGACUAUGGAUCGGCGGGGUAGGACUCAGCGAUCGGCGAGCACUUUCAAUAUUCCCGCAAAUUGGCAGCCCCAUUUCAAGAGCCACGGGCUUUGAUCGUCGUAACUACGUGUUAGAGGGGCUCUGUUUGUGAUCGGAGGGUCCCCUAGGUGUGGGUUGAUCGGCUUAAUUCUGCCAAUGGGAGGAUUGGUUUGGGGCCUGGACGGAUUGUAUGGGCCGUGUAAAAGCGAGGAAUGCUGAACCUCUUGGUGUGAUUGGAACCUGGUUCUGGUUUAUGUUGUGCUUUUAGAAUCUUUCUCCACGUCAGUUUUGCGGUGGGGCAACUUUGGAAUUUUUUGUCCUUUUUCCAUUUCCUUGCGAUGAUAGAGGCGGGUUGUUUGGGCGAAAACUGGAGGGGUUUUUUUUCUGGUUGUUAAUUUUGAGCUGAAGGAAUAAAUUUUGUUAUUCCCUGCACUUUGUUUGUUUCCUGAAGCUUGCCUAUUCUGUCUUACCGGUACAUUGGAUUCAGUUGGCGGCGUAAGAACUGUUUAAAGCUGCUACAUUGGAAGAAGGAUCUGUGGGGAUUACAACAGCUCGUUUAAGUAAUCUUUAGUAGCCUGAUAUGGCCGAGCAGGAAGCCUGUUCGCAGCCAGGCGGGCUGCUGCUAACUGGUCUUCUGCCUAAUGAAGCGGGCAAUGCGACGCGGGUGCUAGAUGCACAGAGAUGGUCCAAGCUUGAGGAGAGAAUUGCUGAGCUAAUAGCUUGUAUUCAGCCCAACCGACAAUCUGAGGUGCAUAGGAAUGCUGUGGCCAAGUAUGUCCAGUCGCUUAUCACCGGCUGCAACCCAUGUGAGGUUUUCACAUUUGGGUCAGUACCCCUCAAGACCUACUUACCGGAUGGAGACAUUGAUUUGACCGCAUGUAGCACUAGUGAAUAUCUGAAAGAUACUUGGGGCAAUGCGUUUCUUCAGUUGCUAGAGAAUGAAGGAAAAAGUGAGAGUGCUGAAUUUCGUGUAAAGGAAGUGCAUUACAUUCAGGCAGAAGUUAAAAUAAUAAAGUGUCUCAUAGAAAAUAUUAUUGUAGAUAUAUCUUUCAAUCAAGUUGGUGGGUUGUGCACUUUAUGCUUUCUUGACGAGGUUGACCUUCUAAUAAGCCGGAAUCAUCUUUUCAAGAAAAGCAUAAUAUUGAUCAAAGCCUGGUGUUACUAUGAGAGUCGGAUUAUUGGUGCUUAUUUUGGGCUUAUCUCCACAUAUGCUUUAGAGAUCCUUGUUCUUUACAUAUUUCAUGUUUUCAAUGGUGCCUUUGCUGGGCCAUUUGAGGUCUUGUAUCGAUUCCUAGAAUUUUUCAGUAAUUUUGACUGGGAUAACUUCUGUGUCAGCAUUUGGGGCCCUGUUCCAAUCAGUUCACUUCCAGAUAUGACAGCAGCGGAGCUUCCUCGAAGGGAUGGUGGUAAAUUGUUCUUUGAUAAACUCUUUCUUGAGGCCUGCAGCGCAUUUUAUGCAACCUCUCUAACUGGUCUAGAAAAUCAAGGCCAACAAUUUGUAUCCAAGCAUUUGAAUAUUAUUGAUCCUUUACGUACAAGCAACAAUCUUGGGCGGAGUGUGAAUAAAGGAAACUUCCGCAGAAUACGCAGUGCAUUUGCAUUUGGAGCCAAGAAGUUGGCCAAAUUACUUGAUUGUCCAGAAGAGAAGAUGAUUGCUGAAGUCGAUCAGUUUUUUAUUAACACUUGGAAAAGGCAUCGAAGCAGUAAUCGACCAGAUGUUCCUAUCCCUAGUAUUCACUUCUUGCAACCCUUGGUAAAUCGCCCAAACGAGGGUUCCGAUAAUUCCAGCAUAGGACUGAAGGUGAGUGAUGUUCAUCAGGUUGGACAGGGCCGUGUUUCAGGUGGUUAUGCUUCUGAGAAGAAUCAGGAAAUUUCAAGUACUGAUCAUUCUGUUAAUAACAAUGGAAAGAGCAAACUCCGGUUUUCAAGGACGCGGUCUUUUCCCGAACUUACAAGAACAGUUACCGUCGCCUCAUCUCAUAUAAAGCAUAAUAGAAAUUUAGAUACAAGCAAAAUGCACGAUGAGAAUCUAAUAUCUGAGCAUACCAGCAGAGGAAUAAUCAUGGAUUCUGAAAUUCCCAGUGUUCAAAGUGCAAGAUUUUCUUUUGACGAUUCGAAGUUUUUUAGGCAAACAUCAUCUUUUCAAUGCCCUGAAGUUGCUACUGUUUCAACCAUAAUCUCAAAUACUUAUCUAGAUGAUUCUGGUUCUACAGCUAUGAGGGCAGGGCCUGCUUAUGAUUACAGGGCUUCGCAGUUGCAACAGCAGAAAGGGCAGGAUCUGGUAAAUAUUACGGCAUCUUCUUAUUUACCGCUUUCUUUGUCUCCUGUUCUAGCUUCAACUGAUUAUGCACAGAUAAAGUUGACAGGAAGUUCUCCAUCCAACAUUACAUUGAUGAACCCUUCCAGAGGAUCUGGUAUGCAGUUUUUUCAAAACUUGGAUUCAUCUUCUAAUUCCGCCCAGAAAAGUUCCGAAGAAGCUGUUGCUGUCAAUAAGAAUUCCAGCAAGCCUAGUCCUGAGGAUGAUGCUGGGUCCAUUGGUGGAUUUGAAACUGAAAAUGAAGGGUUGCAGAUUCAAUCUGGUGAAACGCAGCACCUUACUGCAACUAGGUAUAACUGCAUCCCUACUGCACGAGGAAAUGCAUCCUGUACAUCUGCUACACAAGGCAAUGAUAUAGUUGCAGCUGAAAGUAGCGGACGUAAAGAUGAUCAUCCUGAUGCAUUCCAGUAUCAAACUGGUAGAGCAAAUGAUGUCAGUGUCACUGACAGCAAUGAAAAUUUGACGUUUGUUACCUCAACACAGUCGGGCUCUUUCAGAAGAAAUCAUUCCUCAGAUACUUCAGAGGAUUUAAGGGUUACCCAAACAGGAAGUGAUAAAUGGUUAAGAAAACCACAUCUUUCUGAAGUUACCACUUCAUUGUCCGGUAAUCUAAGUAACGGGGAGCAAUUUGCUGAUGCUUUGGAGCACAUCUCAUCGUCUCCGGAAGGUGAUGAAAGUGGAGAUUUUUUUUCUCCUUUAUCAGUUGCACAUUCUUAUUUUGAAGAUCAUGCUUCUCCUUUGGCUUCCCCACAUGUCAGGAACCAAGUACCUGGAUAUGAAGCUGCACAAAUAAGUGUGGUGGAUACCUCGACUUUAACAAAGCCUGUGGUUGUUGGGAGUUCACUGCAGAUGGUGGUAGAUAAUUUAAGUGUUUCUCUUGCCGUUGAUCCUGUAGGUCCACUAGAUCCAUUCUCAACCGAGCGUUCUGCGUACAAUUUUCCAGCUGUUCCAGCUGAUGGGGUGAAUUCUGUCGGUUCAAUAAACCAGUUUGAUGAAGAUGGUGGAGAACAAAAUUGUGGAUCUCGAUCAUAUCAGGACAUUGAUAUUGCAAAGAAUUAUAAUCAGUCUGAGGGUCACUUGAAUUCUGUGGAUUUAAGUACCACAAGAGCUGCAUCUGUAGAGUCGUCUGAAGUGCUCGAUGGUGAUUUUUCUAGCCAUUUGCAAAGCUUACAAUACGGAAGGCUCUGCCAGAACACCCUAAAUUAUGGACUGUAUUCGUAUUAUCUUCCUGUUAUGGUGCCAUCAGUAUAUUUACAGGGUUAUCAUCCACUGGAUGGCUCUAUUAGACCAUCCACAGACAACAUCAACUUUCUAACCCAGACCAUGGGCUAUGACCCCCGGUUAGUACAGCUUGCUUCUCUGCAAUCAGGUCCUAGCUGGUCAUCCGGUGGUUAUGAUAGAUAUGAAAAUGAGCGUCCAAGUUUUAGGCCUGGUACUCGAACAUACGGAAAUCCAAGACCUUUCUUUCGAGAUCAACGUUUCUCUGGCAGAAGAAACCACAGGGGCCAUCACUCUUAUGUCAGGGUUGAUAGGAAAGUCACAGAAGGAAGAAGGAUCAAUUCUCAGGCGCAAUGUGGAAGUCUCCCAGAUGAUCGGAGGCCUUCUGAUGUAAAUCAAACAAGCAGAACAGAUGAGCAGAGUCAUGGAGCAGCAGACAGAGGAGGCUUCUCUGCUCAUUCUUCUCCCAAAAAACCUUCCUCACCACAUAACGAAAGUCAACAGAAGUCAAAUAUGGCCUCCUUUUGAAUCUUAGAUUUGAAUAGGAUGGUGGUGGUUACCACAAAAUUUGGUAUUCCUUAAAAUAGCAAUGAGGAAAAUUUGUUUUUGGGUAGCUUUUUUGAUUAUUUUUUGUCCCAGGAAAGACUUGCAAAGUCAACAUUUGGUUGGCU